GUUUCUCCAGCUCCACAGACUAUAAAUAAGGUUAUUUUUUUAUAUGUGUUAGUGCGUUAGUAAUAGUUUAUCCAGAAUAUGAUUUAAGGACUGAACCAGACGCCCCCGAAACCCGUUCAACGUUCCGCAACGAAUUCACAGCUUCGCAGGAAUACGAUUCGAAACGAAAACUGAUGUCACGCACACAGAGCGAAGCUGAAAACACACAAAUUCAACAACAAGUCUGUCAUUGAGUAGGUAGGCAAGUGUGUGUGCCAGUGUACAUAUGUAUGUUCGUGCCAGCCGUGUCUAAUAAAUGAGUGCAAAUCGGGCGAACACUCUAAUUUUUCCAUUUUCUGUGUUAUAAUAACUACUCGUGGAUUCGACAAUAAUUAGUCCAUAAAUUCCGCUGUGCUUCCUUCCCUCUCUAUCAAACGAAACCAACAACAAUAUGUCUUUCACACACACAUGAAACCGUUGCUGAUACGAAGCAGCACCAGCAGCAGAGCGAAGGGCAGCGCAGCAGCAGAGCCAAAAAAAAAAAGAAUCAUUUAGAUCCAAGGAAAUUGAAACCGCUACGCAACAUCCAACCAACCACACAACUUACAUAAAUUUAGUACAUCAGCACUAAUAACAAUAGCCAGCUUAUCACAAGAAAGCAGCAACAAUUAGGAGCAGAAAAGAAGCAGCAGCAGUAACAGAAAAGAGAAGUUGGAGCAGACACAGGAGCAGAGGCCAGUGGCAGAGAAGCACUAUCAGCAGCAGCAGAGCAGAAGCAGAAGCAGAAGAGUACAAGCAGCAGAGAACAGUUUAUCUCAAAUAUUCAUAAAAACCAAGCCGGCUGCCGCCUAAGUGCGAGCGAGAACCAAACAGCUCCAAUACAUCUCUUGCUUCAGUACAUGUGUGUAUGUGUGUGUGUGGGAGCAAGGCAUAGAAUUUGUUUUUGCAAACAAUUAUUUUUGCAUUGUUCAAAGCGGCAGCUCUAACUGUAAAUAGCAGCAGCGGAGAAAUAGUGGACAGCAACAGCAGGAGCAGCAGAGAGCAGAAAAUGGCACGCGGCUUUGAUCAUCUGUUCAAGCUGCUUAUAAUCGGCGACAGCGGUGUUGGAAAAUCCUCGCUGCUGAUUCGAUUCUCAGAUGACACAUUCUCGGGCAGUUAUAUAACUACCAUUGGAGUGGACUUUAAGAUCCGAACGGUCGACAUUGACGGGCUGCGGGUGAAGCUGCAGAUAUGGGACACGGCCGGACAGGAGCGAUUCCGCACCAUAACGAGCACCUAUUAUCGGGGCACCCACGGCGUCAUCAUCGUUUACGAUGUAACGAACGGCGACUCAUUUGCGAAUGUUCGCCGAUGGCUGGAAGAGAUCCAGAACAACUGCGAUGUGGUCAACAAAGUAUUAGUGGGAAACAAGAACGAUGAUCCCGACUGUAAGGUGGUCAUCACCGAAGAUGCGCAAAGGUUUGCGAAACAAAUGGACAUCGAGCUGUACGAGACAUCCGCCAAAGACAACAUCAAUGUGGACAAUAUGUUUCUGUCGAUAACGCGGCAGGUGCUCAACCACAAGCUGCGCACCACCUCCAAUGAGCAGCAGAAGGACACCAUUAACUUGAAGAACAAUCCCGGUACUAAGCGUAGAAAAUGCUGCAGUUGAAAGCGCGUCGUGGGCAUAGGGAACUGGCACCAAAAGCUGCUACAGGACCGGACCAGGAUCGGUGGCGCCCUCGCUUGCGGAAUCAGUUAAAAUAGUUGUGGGGAGCGCAUAGUAUAUAAAAUAUAACGUGGGUUAUUGGCGUACAUUAUGGCACACACACACACAUAGACAUAGCUAACACCAAUGCACCAACAGCGACACCAACAACAACAACUACAACUACAACUACAACUAAAACUACGACAACAUCAACACCAACACCCACAUAGAGACGAUUUUUUCUGGUCUGUUUUGGUUUUAAAAUCCUAUUUUAAUCGGAAUCAAAUGCCAGUUAGCCGUUAAAACUAAAAUUUAUAUGUGAAAAGCGCAAUUAAAUGUAUUUAGAAAUUUAUAUACAUACAAUACAAUACAAUAUUUAAUAUAUAUACACAAAAAAA